AUGUUACCGCCACCCACGUUGCGACAUGCUGACUUGAGUACGACAGAAGAAGCUUUGAAAUCAGCUCGAUUGGCCGCACAUAAUGUGUCUUGUAUACCGUAUAUACAUCAUCCUUUUACGUAUGGGCACUUGUGUGAUAUGUGGAUGAGUGUUGAGCAGGUAGGGUUAUGUUAUAGUAGGAUGGGUAGGGUCAUGUAUAUUUUUUUUUGUAAAAUACGAACUUUUAAUAUAAGUACUUCAAAGAGGGUAGGUAAAUUUCCAUUUUUCAAAGAGGGUUUUGCUAAAUUAGCAUAUGAUCAUUAGUAGUCUUACGAAUAACAGACUCACCCUUGGGAUACUGUAACUUCUUUUAUACUUGACCUAAUAACUUGAAAAUUAUUAUUUUAAUGUAACUUUUUGUGGUUUUUAAGAUGACAUAAGCAAGAUGUUUUAAUGUCUUUAAAAUUAAUCUUAAAAAUUAAAAAUUUUCAUAUUUUAAUGUUAAACUUUCGGUUACUGUAACUUUUUUUUGUCCUUGACUUAAAAAUUUGUGUUUUAGUGUAAUUUUUCGCAUUGGUUUUAUAUAUCUACGCUACAAUUUUUUUUGACUGGUCCAGGGACGUCGUUUGGGGGAGGGGGGAGGGGGGUGGGGUACCCCCUCCCCCGAGAGCCGAUCCAAAAAAAAAUUGCACAGGUAGGUACCUGUACGCAAAAAAACGAAAAAAAUUUUUUUUUUCGAUUUCCCCCCUCCUCCAGAGAAAAUCCGUAGCGACGUCCCUGGACUGGUCGAUAUAUUUUUUCAAAUUAUUAUGUUUUUUUAGUGUUUAUGUUACUUUAUGUUGUAGGUAUGUAUGUCAGUACGAUAAUUCUUAGUUUUACGGGUUUUAGGGACAAAAUUUUAUCGACCGGUCGAUGUUUUUUGCAAUUUUUUAAAUUUUUUCGGUCCUAGGCUAUUUUAUAUUGUAAGUAUGAAUAUCAACACAAUGUUAAUUACAGAUGUUGACAAUUGGCUGUGGCUCAACCGAGGAACACGCUGUUUUACUCUGUAACUGGCUCUUGGGCAUGGGUUUCAAUGCUUUCCUAGUCCUGGGCCAAGCCUUGCCUUCAGGCGUCAAUUCGGUUUAUGUUUAUGUCGAAAUUCAAGGUCAUGGGCCAGUGCUUUUUGACCCGGCUGAUGGUUCGAAUUUCGGUACUACUGACUCGAAUUGUACCAUGAAUAACGUACAUGUUAUUGUUACGUCGAACAAUGUUUUUGGGAAUUUACAGAGUGAAAAGCAAACGGUUGUCACGGAUUUCAAUUUUAAGGUAAGUUUAUUGUUUAAAAGCGCAGGAACUUUCUUUCCAAAGCUUAUUUUUUUAUAAAAAUCGCAAUAAAUUUCUUUCCAAAACUUAUUUUUUCAAAAAAUCGCAAUAACUUUCUUUCCAACCUUCAUUUUUCGAAAAACCGCAAGAACUUUCUUUCCAAAACUUUUUUUAAAAAACUGCAAGAACUUUCUUUCCAAAAUUUAUUUUUAAAAAACUGCAAGAACUUUCUUUUCAACAUUUUUCGAAAAACCGCAAUAACUUUCUUUCUAAAACUCUCUUUUCAAAAUAACGCAAUAACUUUCUUUCCAAACUUCAUUUUUUUAAAAAACCGCAAGAACUUUCUUUCCAAAGCUCAUUUUUUAUAAAACUUGCAAGAACAUUCUUUCCAAAAUUUUUUAAAAAACCGCAAUAACUUUCUUUCCAAAACUCAUUUUUCAAAAAACCGCAAGAACUUUAUUUCCAAAACAAUAGUAACUAAAAAAUGAUCAAUUUUUCGUAUAAAAUGGUCUCUGCAGGCUCCAGAAUUCCAAAUUGAAAAAGCUUUUAGCUAAAUUCUGACUUUCAGCGCCGUUCUUUAUGGGAGCCAUUACUAUCCCCAACUAAACCUUUGUUACCUACAAUUCAAAAAGACUCCAUUGUUUACACCGAAGUCAAUGAAGAUGUUGUGAUGGAGUUGAAAGGAUCGUUGGAAAGGGAAAUUAGGCUAAAGUUUGAUCAAAGCCGAUCAUAUGGCAUUCCUCAAUGGAACGUUCUGGCUUCACGGUACGUUUUGAAUGUUUGUAAAAGAAAAGUGAAUGUUAUAGUUACAGUUGUCAGAAUUGAGGUUAUUAGGCUUAUGCAUAGGCUUAGCUAGAGGUUUUCCCAGGUUUAGUAGCCAUUGUCUGAAUAAGCUUAAGUUUAUAUACGUUUAGACUUAGUAGUCUAAGGCAUAGUAGGCGUAGGUUCGGUAGGGUUAGACUUAGGCACAGCAGGCUCAAGCUAAAUAGGUUUAAUGGGCUUAGAAUUGGCUUUGGCUAGUAGUUUUAGGCUAGUAGGCUUAGGUUAGUAGGCUUAGGAAUAGUAAGUUAAGGCUCAGGCAUAUUAAGCUUAAACAUAUUUUUAGGCUAAGUACGUUAGGCUUAGUAUACUAAGGCGUAGAAGGAUUAGGCUUAGUAAACUUAGGCUUAAGCUUGGGAUUAGGUUGAGGAUCAAGCUUAGGCUUAGGCUCAGGUUUAGGCUUAAGCUUAGGCUUAACUUUAAAGUUAGGCUUUGGAUUAGGCUUAAGCUUAGCCUUGAUCUUACACACAGGCUUAACUUAAACUUGAAUUUGGUUUUUCAGUCUCUAGACAGUAGUCUUGGUCUGAGGUUUGACUGGUGGCUUAGGCUUAGGCUACCGUUUAUUUUUAGGCUUUAUAAUCUGAAACGUAUUAAGGAGUCUAGGCUUACGUUUAGUAGGUUUGGCUUCUCAACAAAACCUAUUUUUAAAUUAAAAAUGAAAUUUCAGAGCCCUUCGAGAGGUGCUAAUCUCCAUGUCAAACAAUUUUGAAGAGCAAUUCGACAUAACCGACAAGUUCAAAUCCCUCGGCCUCCAUUACAAUAUCUGUGCUGUUGGCCUGCAGAAGGGGUAUCAGAAUCGGCAACAACUUAUUGACGAUGUUCUGAAUACUCAAAUUCAUAUCAAUGCAAACAGUAGUGCACAGUUCGCUUUUGCUGUUCAUGUCACUCCAUAUUUCAACAAAAUUGUUGCCGUUUCUGUUGCUAUUGCUAGUUUGAAUAGCUCUUAUUAG